CACCAGGGAGGGCCCUAGUGAAUUUAUUUAUACAGCACACAAAAAGCAGAGUUUUAAAUUGCACUCAGGUUUUUGGAGAUAUUUGUGAAUAGGGCAGAGUGGAAAGCACAGGUGACAUUUACACUGGAAACUUGUUUUAAUUUUGGCAGAAAUAAUGUCUUAAGAAAUUAUUAUUAAACACUGCACAAUAGUAUAUAAUCGAAAUCCCCAUGUGUUUGUGGAGCUAUGGAAAGGAAAGAUUCCUACUGUGGGUUUUUUUGCAUGCCCUUCAGUGGUAGCAUUUUACUAUUAGGGGAUGGGAUGUGACAGAGAGAAAAGGGAUAGAUAUUUACCAUCUGAGUAACUGGCUUAUGCAAAGAAGUCAUUAGAAAUAACAUCUUUAGUUCAUAGACUGAGGAUUACUUCUUGUACUAGUUUAAUGAAAUACUUAUUGAACACCUUGAGCACUUCAGGAUUUAUGUACAUAAGGUUUGCAAGAAAAUUGUAGUUAUGCUGAAGGAGCCCACUCUCAAGGUUCACUGUUUAGAGGCAACAGAAAGAAAAAGGAAUUGACUGGCAAGCUGCUGGGAUAGCUUCUAGAAGUGAAGGGGUGACUGGGAAUGUAAACAAGUAUAUGCUCCUGUUCUUGAUGGGUUUUAGCAUAUACUGAUAUAUCGCUUAUGAUGGAAUCUGAAACUGAGAAGACCCGCGCCUUACUCCAGUCUUGCAGCACGGAAUCGCUUAUUUCCAGCCUCGGUCUGGGGGUAUUUUGCGUAGUCGCUGACAGACUUCUGCAGUUUUCCAUAAUUCAGCAGAACGACUGGCUCCGCGCCCUCUCAGACAACGCAGUGCAUUGUGUCAUUGGCAUGUGGUCAUGGGCUGUCGUCAUUGGCAUCCGGAAGAAGACUGAUCUUGGAGAAGUCAUUCUGGCUGGCUUUCUAGCCUCUGUUAUUGAUGUAGACCACUUUUUUCUAGCUGGAUCCCUAUCUUUAAAGGCUGCUUUGACGCUUCCCCGAAGACCUUUCCUUCACUGUUCUACAGUGAUACCUGUCGUGGCUCUGAGCAUGAAGUUUACUAUGCACCUGUUCAAGCUCAAGGACUCAUGGUGCUUUCUCCCCUGGAUGUUAUUUAUAUCCUGGACCUCACACCAUAUCCGAGAUGGAGUUCGCCAUGGCUUGUGGAUCUGUCCCUUUGGAAAAACCUCCCCGUUGCCAUUCUGGCUUUAUGUGACCAUGACUUCUUCUUUACCUCACAUCUGUUCAUUUGUUAUGUAUUUAACAGGGACCAGACAAGUGAUGUCUUCAAAACAUGGAAUUCUUAUUGAUAUCUGAGGUAACAAUGUGACUGUCUUAGAGAAGCAAACGCUUCAGACAAUGAUAAUUAAGGGUAGCUGGUGCCCAAUUUAUUAAGAAAAAUAAUUAUGAUUCCUGAAUCCUUUUGCUUGGGAGGCAUGUACAAUUUUUAAGAACUGUGUUUGUUAUAACUCCACUCUGUUCUGUAAUGCUCUAGUGCAGUAUUAGGCCUUCACCUAUUCUGUGCUGUGUGUUUGUUGUUUAUCUGGCUUUACUAAUAACUGGAGAUUAAUAUCUAAUAAAGUGUUCUGAAAAUACACCUUUAAAGCAGCCCAUUUACUGAUUAAAAGCAACCAAAUUUUAAGGUGACUAGUUUGAGGAAAAUUAGCAUUAUGUUCAAAUCCACAUUUUCCUCAGACAUUGAAAUCGUGAAAAUGCCAAAAUAAAAGAGGUCUUGAGUAGGAGUUACAGUGAAUACUAGCAUGCUUUAGUGAUUACUGGCAGAAUCUGCUUCAGAGCAUUUGUGAAAAAUCAUAAUAUUCAUAAAAGACAGUAGCAUUAGAUCUAGGUUAUUGUCUUAUAGACUAUCAUUUUAGGAAAUAAUAGUGAUUUGUUAGCUACAGUAAUAUCUCACCGAAGUAUUUUUUUUUCCAGUAUCUUUGUCCUAGAGUAUCAAGUGUUAGUGUUUUAACAAUUAUAAAAUAUUGAUACUUGGCUCAUCAUAACUGUAGGUUUGAAUUCACAUAAAAAAGGCCUUACCAGUAGUGUCAUUUUAAAUGUGCCAUUAAAAUGGUUUUAAUUGUUGUUAGCUUGUUUGUACAUUAUCUUAAGAUAUUAUGUAAGCCAUAUAUAGAUACUUUUUAAUUUGCUUAGUACUUGGAAACAAAUUUUUUUUCAAAAUAGAAUGGCUUUUGGUUAUUUGCUUUUUCCUUUGUUCAGAUUGAUCUUCUGUUAAAAUGAGUAACCUUUAUUAGAGAAGCACUUAAUGACUGUAAACUUUACAUGUGUGCAGUUUAAUGUGACUUUGAUGUAAAAGUCAGUGGGCCAGAGGUAACUGCUUUUUGUUGUAGCAUCUGCUGCCCAUAUAUUUGUGAUUGGAAAUGCUAGUGAUGUGUGCCUUAUUCUGAGAAAUGAUAAAGCAAUGCCUUAUCCAAAAUCAGUUUUUCUUAUUUAUUAAGUUAAAUAGAAUUCUAUAAAUUAUUAUGAAGGUUCAAGCUCUUUAGUUUUUUUUGUUUGUUCUUAGCCAGUUGGUUGCAAUCUGUAAUCUGUUUUACAAUCUGUUAUUAUCUUCUGAGAGGAAUUAUUGCAUCAAUUCGGCUAGUAUAAGUACUAUAUUCUGGGGGUGAUUAGAGACAUUUAAAAAUACCUAAUUUCAGAAAUCCUUGGAAAUAAAUAUAUAUCUUGUGUAGUUGACUAAAUCAUAAAAUGCUACUUUUUCUUUCUCCAUAUUAAACAAAAGAAUUUUAUUAAAAAUAGACUGUCACACUGGCAUUUGGGGGGUUGUCUUAACUGUCUAUUAAAAUGGAAUUCACUUUGA